AUGACGAUCCUCGAGGAAGUGAACGAUCGGAUUGACACCGUCGAUCGUACGGUGGCGGAGUUACAAGAUAAGGUGGAGGUGAUUAACGGUGGAUGGAAGCGUCUAACGGAUUCGAAUGAAGAGAUGAAUCAGCGGAUCGGUUCAGUUGAGAAGGAGCUAUCAUCGAUGAUUCGCAUCUUGAACAGACUGGAAUCGCACGUCAUCGGGGACAAAGGAAAGUCGGUGGCAUCAUCUGCCCCUUCUAACAGUCAGGUACAUUCUGAUUCUCCGAGAAACGAACUUGGUACAGAGGAGCUAGGUUAUCGGAGAAUUCAAUAUUCUUUUGCGAGUAGAGAAAGUUUAUUGAAGAAGAUUGAUUUGCCUGUGUUUGAUGGUUCAAUGCCUUAUGGUUGGAUUUCGAGACUUGAGAGAUAUUUCAGGGCGGCUCGUUAUGAAGAACAUCAGAAAUUGGAAUUGGUUGCUUUGAGUCUUACUGGAGCUGUGGGAAAUUGGUAUACGUGGGAGAAUGAGGACGAACCUUUCAGUAGCUGGUUGCAGUUCAAGCAGAGGAUGUUAGACCGUUUUGCGGAAUCGAAAGAUGAUGAACCGAGGCACAAAUUAUCAGCUUUGAAGCAGACAGAUUCAGUUCAGGCUUAUGUCAGGGAGUUCGAGGAGCUGAUAAAUGUGGUCAAGGGGAUAGAUGAAGCAAACUUAAUCAGUCGGUUCUACACGGGGUUAAAACCAGAGAUGAAGGAAGUGAUGUUAGCUGAUAAAUCAAAGACUGAGUAUCGUUACUCGCGUGGUAAUAGUUCAGGGACUAAGACAACUCAGACUGGAAGAUAUCAGCAACUGGAUAAAACAAAACUCCUUGAAGCAGGAAAACCAACGAAGUGGUUCAAAGUUCAUCUUUGUGGUAAUCCAGAGCUUCAGGUUUUCACGGUGAUAGAUGGAUUGGAAGUGGAGAUUUUGGGGGAACAAGAAGAAGAAAUGAGUGAGACGAACGACACAACAGAACCACAGAUGAUGCAACUCUCUCUGUACUCCUUCUUGGGCAUGAACUCACCUACGAUGAUGAAAGUCAGGGGGCGUAUAGGCAGUACAUCGAUGGUGAUUAUGAUUGAUAGUGGAGCUACUCAUAACUUCAUUUCUCCAAAUCUUGCGAAGAAAGCUCAUCUUCAGACAACAACUAACUCUCGUCUCCAAGUCCUUUUGGGUACAUGCAUUAUGGUUCAUGGCUUAGGCGUGUGCAACAACGUUCACUUACAUAUGCAAGGCUUGGACUUUCUCUUGAAUUGUAUAUCACUGGAGCUGAGUGGAGUCGAUUUGGUGCUUGGGGUUCAAUGGCUUAGAACUUUGGGCAAAUGUGAAAUUGAUUGGGAACUACAAGAAUGGAGUUUCAUGUGGGGAAAGGAGAGAGUCACACUACGAGGAGAAUGUGACCUCCACCUUCCCACCAAUGCUUUUCAAUCACUCUUGCAAGUAGAUGAUGUUUCACGGCAAGGUGUUGAUCAUUGGUUAUACACUCACUACGCUAGUGCGGACUCUUGUGAGACAACUCCUGUUGAAAUUUCUUGUGUGUUAGAGAAGUUCUCGAAGGUGUUUUGUAUGCCAUACGGUCUUCCUCCGGUUCGUGGCAUUGAACAUCAAAUCUUAUUAAAGCCAGGCACCUCUCCGGUGAGUGUACGACCUUAUCGUUAUCCACAAGCUCACCAGGAAGCGAUGACUACACUGGUUCAAGACAUGUUAAAGAAAGAGAUCAUUCAAGCUAGCCGCAGUCCUUAUUCGAGCCCGGUUUUACUAGUUAAGAAGAAGGACAAAUCAUGGCGCUUUUGUGUGGAUUACAGGGCUUUAAAUCAAGUUACCGUUGCGGAUAAAUUUCCAAUUCCCAUGAUCGAUCAGCUUUUGAAUCAACUACACGGUGCAGUGGUGUUUUCAAAGCUUGAUCUAACCUAUGGAUACCAUCAAAUUAUAAUGCAGCAAGGCAACGUCGAGAAGACUGCAUUCAGAACACAUGAUGGUCACUAUGAAUUUUUAGUGAUGCCGUUUGGCAGCAGCAUCGGUGAUCAUGUUAAGCACUUGCAGACGGCGUUACACAUUUUGGCGCAGCAUUCUCUGUAUGCAAACAAGAAAAAAUGUGUCUUCGGUCAGAGAAGUGUAGAGUAUCUCGGUCAUGUGAUUUCUGAAAAAGGUGUAGCUACAGAUGCGGCUAAGACAGAAGCAAUGCGACUUUGGCCUACUCCAAAGAACAUCAAACAAUUACGUGGCUUCAUAGGACUCACAGGCCAUUAUCGCAACUUUAUAAAGAACUAUGGUGUCUUGGCUAGACCGUUAACGGAGUUGCUGAAGAAAGAUCAAUUUGCAUGGUCAGGAGAAAAACAAGAGAUAUUUGACAAACUGAAGGCGACUAUGUUGAAAGCACCAGUAUUAGCUCUUCCGGAUUUUACCCAGAAGUUUGUGGUUGAAACAGAUGCUUCGGGGUUUGGGAUAGGAGCUGUUUUAAUGCAGAAUAAGAGACCUAUAGCCUACUUCAGUAGAACCUCUAUAAAUUAA